UUAUUCAGUCUUUUGGUUGUAUGAUUACAGUUGAAGAACCUUCAUUUAGAAUCAUUGCUUACAGUGAAAACACCAUCCAACUUUUAGAUAUUGAAAACGAUCAUAUUAUCGAUGAUGAUAAUCAGCUUCUUCUCGACUUAGAUGCUCGAAACUUUUUCACACAGUCCUCUAGAGACUCUCUCACAAAAGCUAUAGUUUCUAUAGAAAUUUCUUUGUGUAACCCUGUAUUAGUUCAUUCAGUGAACACCCAGUUACCAUUCUAUGCCAUACUACAUAGAAACGAUGUUGGAACUGUUAUUGAUUUCGAGCCGGUUCUACCCAGCAACCCUGCGUUUUCUGUUUCUGGUGUCGUGCAAUCACAGAGAUUUGCUGUUCAAGCAAUUUCCAGGCUGCAGUCAGUUUCUGGUGGAGAUAUUGGUGUGGUUUGUGAUACCUUAGUUGAAGAUGUUCGUGAGCUCACCGGAUAUGAUAGAGUGAUGGUUUACAAGUUCCAUGAAGAUGAACAUGGUGAGGUUAUUUCGGAGGUAAGGAGGUCGGAUUUGGAGCCUUAUUUAGGAUUGCAUUAUCCUGCAACGGAUGUCCCACAAGCUGCUCGAUUUUUGUUCCAACAAAGCCGAAUUAGGAUGAUUUAUGAUUGUCAUUCAGAUCCUGUUCCAGUUAUACAAAUCAAAGAAUUAAAGCAACCAUUGUUGUUAGUGAACUCAACUCUUCGAUCACCCCAUGCUUGUCAUACACAAUAUAUGGCCAACAUGGGUUCAAUUGCUUCCCUUGUUAUUGCGAUUCUUAUUAACGAGAAUGGGUCGUUGAAGCUUUGGGGUUUAGUUGCUUGUCACCAUUCUUCACCCCGUUAUGUUCCUUUUCCUCUGCGAUACGCUUGUGAAUUCCUCAUUCAAGCAUUUGGUGUACAUUUGAGUAGAGAGCUUAAAUUGGUGUCACAACUAGAGGAGAAAAAAACUCUCAAAAUGCAAACCUUGUUGUGUGAUAUGCUUCUUAGGGAUGUCCCAUUUGGGAUUGUGACUCGGUCUCCUAAUAUCAUGGACCUGGUAAAGUGUGAUGGCGCUGCAUUGUAUUAUGAAGGAAAAUGUCAGUUGUUGGGUGUUACUCCAAAUGAAAUACAGAUAAAAGAUAUUGCAGAUUGGUUGCUUACAUACGAUUGUGAAUCAACAGGGUUUACUACCGAUAGUUUAGUCAAUGCUGGGUUCCCUGGUGCAGAGUUGCUCCUUGACGUGGUAUGUGGCAUGGCCACCGUAAGAAUUACAUCAAAGGAUUUCUUGUUCUGGUUUCGAUCUCGCAUUGAAAAAGAAGCUAAAUGGGGAGGAUCUAAGAAUCAGCUUAGGGAUAAAGAUAAUGAUGGAAAGAUGCACCCUAGGUCAUCAUUCAAGGCUUUCCUUGAGGAAGUAAAAUAUAGAAGUUUGCCAUGGGAACUUCUGGAAAUGAAUGCGAUUCACUCUUUACAACUGAUCAUGCGAGAUCAAAGUGGUACUAGUAUGGCAAUUGGGCGGCAACUGAUGACUGAAGGGGUAGAUGAACUUAGAUCGGUGGCAUCCAAAAUGGUCAACCUGAUCGAGACAGCAAUUGUCCCAGUUAUUGCUGUAGGUUCUGAUGGCAACGUCAAUGGAUGGAACACCAAAGUUGCUGAAUUGACAGGGUUACCAGAUACUAGCGCUUUGGGUAAAUCCCUUGUUAAUGAGCUUGUCCACGAAGAAUCCCGUAAAGCUGUUGAUAAUCAUCUCUUUCGAGCUCUGCAAGGCAAGGAAAGUAAAAAUGUCCAGAUAAAACUGAGAACUUUCGGGCUACUGCAGCAAAAUGAGGCUGUAUGUAUAGUUGCAAAUGCAUGCACCACUAAGAGCUGCUCAGGCUGUGUUUCUAGUGUAUCCUUUAUUGGCCAAGAUGUCACGAAAGAGAUAGCUCUCACUGAUAAAUUUAUUCGCUUGCAAGGAGAUUACAAAGCUAUUAUACAAAGUCUUGAUCCGUUGAUUCCACCGAUAUUCGCUUCAGAUGAGAAUGCAUGUUGCUGUGAGUGGAACACAGCAAUGGAAAAGCUGACAGGUUGGCCAAAGGGAGAAUUUAUUGGUAAAAUACUUCCCGGUGAAAUAUUUGGGAAGUUGUGCCGGAUGAAAGAUCAAGGUGCUAUCACCGAGUUUAUGAUCAUCUUGUAUCAGGCAAUUUGCAGCCACGUUACUUUGAAGUUUCCAUUUGCUUUUUUUGAUAGGAAAGGGGAACACUACAAGUUCGUAUUAACAGCAAAUAAGAGGGUUGACAUGAAUAGGAAGAUCAUUGGAUGUUUCUGCUUCCUGCAAAUGACAGUGCCUGACCUAAUACAAGAUGCGCAAAACCAGCAAGAGAGAAAGUGUCUUGCAAGACUUAAGGAGUUGGCUUAUAUUCAAGAAGAGACAAAAGCGCCUUUGGGAGGAAUUUGUUUUGCCCACAAACUCCUAGGAUCUAGUUCUAUAUCAGAUCAAAUGAAGCGGCUUUUAAAGACCAGUGAUGCAUGUGAGAGGCAGAUGACAAAGAUCAUUGAGGAAUGCAGUUUACAAAGUAUCCAGAAGGGGUAA